AUGCAGUGCCAUGCGAUCCCCGCCCCUGAGGGAGAAGUCACCGAUGCCGUACGAAAGUUGCGCAACAAUAAGGCACCCGGAGAGGACGGUAUACCAGCUGAAAUCUUCAAGUCUUGUGUCGACGCUCUGGCGCCCUGGCUCCAUGAGCUGACUGAACGAGCGUGGAGAGACAAGGUUGUUCCUGAUGACUGGGGCUUAGGCAUCCUUGUACUUAUCCUCAAGAAGGGAGAUAAGACGAGAUGCGAGAACUACCGCGGCAUAAGUUUCAUCAACGUUACUGCGAAGAUCUUCGCUUUUGUCCUACUCAGGCGAUUCCAGGCUGUGCGUGACUCAAGGACGAGGCCCAACCGAGCCGGAUUCCGUGCUGGACGUGGAUGCGCAGACCAGAUAUUCAUACUGAGGCGCAUUCUCGAAUUUCGCCAUAGCUACCAACAACCGACGGCCGUCUUCUUCAUUGACUUUGCCGUCGCGUUCGAUUCCGUUCACCGUGAGUCCCUGUGGCGGAUAAUGGCGCUAGAUGGUGUACCGGAAAAAAUUAUCGCCAUGAUCAAGGCCUAUUAUCGCUCCACUACUGCCAGAGUCCUGGUCCGCAACAAUCUUUCCCAACCGUUCGGUAUUCGGUCUGGCGUUCGACAGGGUUGUAUCCUGUCACCCAUACUGUUCAACUACGCUAUUGACUGGAUCCUCGGGGGGGCCCUACUCGAGAGUAACGGCGUUAAGUUUACACCCGGACACCAACUGACUGAUCUCGACUAUGCCGAUGAUAUCGCCUUACUUGCUUCAAUUUUUGAUGAUCUGCAGUCAAUAGUGUCACGGGUGAACGAGGUCACUAAAUCGGUCGGUUUAUCCAUAAACGCUGGGAAGACCAAAGUGUUCUCAAGCUGUAUCCCUGACCAGGAGAAGGCACCCCUCGGGAUUGAUGGCUGUCAACAUGAAGAAGUGGAUAGUUUCAAAUACCUCGGGGCGCGGCUGCUGCCGAAUGGACAGAGUCAGGACGACAUUGCCUCCCGAAUCGAUGCUGCCCAACGGGUCUUCUCAGGCCUUAGGCAAUACCUGUGGAUCUGA